GCGGCACCUCGCGAUGACGACCGAAUCUAAAAGUUAUAUCAUUUCAGUCAUGAUAUUUGCUGAUAAAUUUUUUUUCGAGAUAAUGAUUUUGUCACUGAUACGUUUAGGAACUUGAAUGUGAACCGUAGCAAGUGCCACCUUGAGUCAGUUACUGUCGAGCUCACGUUAGCGUCGCAUCGUUUAGUACUUCGUUUUAUAUAUAGCAGCCACGUGCGGGACAGUUGAAAGAAAGAACAAAAACAAAAUAACAUCACGAUGGAAAGUGCGAUCAGAAUCGGCUCAGAUGACUAUCUGCCGUCUUACAACGAAGCCACUGGAAGGGCAGACCCUCUCGACAAACCUGCAUUUGCGUCAGAAAAAUCUAGGGUGUGCCUCGUCAUAUUACUCACAGUGAUCGUAAUUCUAGUCUUGCCUACGGCCUGCAUCGCUCUCGCUUACAGCUUUCAAUACUGCAGGCCCUGUGAAACCGAAUUCAGUCACACACGGAAAAUGGACAUACUACGAAAUCAAAUACUGGGGCUCAAAGAAGACCUUGAAAAAUUGCAGAUAAUAAAUAAACACCUUCAUUCGCUGAUAAAAUUAACGGUGACUCCAGUUCCUAAUAUCGAUCUCCAGGUGAAGUCAUUAAAUUGAAAAAAAGAAGAUUAAAACGGAAUAGUUUUCAAAAAAGCACUGGUUAAUUAAAGCAUCUUAUAACAUUUAAGAUAAUUAUUCAAAUAAAAGCUAACGACACGUUCAUCAAGAGAGAGAGAGAGAGAGAGAGAGCGGCUGGCGGUAAUGGCCUUUAAUGAGCAGCAGCAUCAAAGUAUUAAUCAAACGACGUUCAAACGUAGGCGCUAAUAUAUCCUGGCGUAUAUAAUCGGGAUGACUAAUAAAGCGUGCGGUUAGCCGAGAUAAGAGUGUUGGAGGCACAAUACGUUAUUGGGUACAUUAUCUCAUCUCCUCGCCAAGCUUUGCGAAUAAUCUCCUCUAAGACAAUCUAGAACUAAGACACGAGUGAUUAUUUCAUGACUUUUAUAAUCUUGA